UCCUGUGGUGUCGCCACUGAGGGCCCUCUGACACUUUUUUUUUUUUUUUUUGUAAUCUUUCUAAGGAGUAUUGUUCUGCCUUCAGUUACAGUAUACACUUUUGUUUCGGGUACAGUGGUGGUUACAGAGAACGAGGAAAGAAAAACGUAGGGCAUAAUGUUCAAACAAAAAAAAAACUAAACGAUAUCUGACAUAUAUUGCUGUUGCAACACUGGUGACCGGAAAGUGAACGGGGAUUCGGUGGGCUAUGAUUUGGUGAUUCUCUACUUUGGGCAGUGGACUGUAAAGCAUAUAAUGCUGCUUAAACUGCACUUGCAGACCCUGCUGACCACAGUCCUGCUUUUAGCGCUGCAGGUGGACGUGAGUGAAGAAGGUGAAUGUGGCUAUCUGUCUGUCACUAAACCUGUUCUCAGUGUCGGCUCAAGUCUCUCUGCUACCUGCCACUUAUGUAAGGAAGAAACUGCAUCAUGGGAAUACGCUGGCAGUCUGGUGUCUCCCCAGCUGUACUCCCAGAUUAAUAGCACAGUGAGCACACUGACUCUGCAUAGUCUUACAUUGACCAGCAGGGAAGGAGAGAACCUGACAUGUCUCUCCAGUAAGGGGGAGAGCUAUUCUCAAUUGAUACAGACUGGGUAUUCUCCUAAGGCUCCCACGGACCUGGAGUGCGUCACACAUGACAUGCUAACGUUCAUCUGUUCUUGGAGUGCUGGAUCCGAAACAAACCUGAAAACCUCCUACAAAAUCUGUUACAAGCCAACUCGCUGUGAGAGUGUCGAACGAAAUGUAAGUGGAAAAAUAACCCUGCCUCUGAUUGAAGCAGUACAAAUACACAUAACUGCAGUAAAUACGCUUGGAUCAGCCACUGCGACCUUUCAAGUGACCAGAAAGGAUAUUACAUUUAUUCCACCUGUGCCUCAGAAUGUUAAAGUUGUGCCAGAUUUUUCAUCACAAACCUUGUCUUUGAAAUGGACUGGUGCUGUCUCAGCACUUGCCUUUCCCACAGCCAUUGUAUUUGAGAUUCAAGUUCUCUGGACGGAAAAGAUGAAGAUUAUACACACUGAGAGUUAUCCAGCACAAUUCGAUAACCAAAAUAAAACCUUUCAUUGGAGCUGGUUCUCUGACAUGCCAUUGAGUUGCACCUCACACUCUGUGAGAAUUCGAUCCAUCAGCACUGAUGUUUUAAUGAAUUCAAAAAACGGCAGCAGUGACUGGAGCAAACUGCAAACUAUUCCAGGGGCUGAUGACUCAAAAAGUGUCAUGUUUCCAGAGGAUAAAGUUGUGAAUGUAGGCACCAACAUGACAUUUUGCUGUGUUGCUGGGAAUGGUGAACGUAUUAAAACUAUGUCCUAUGGUGCUGAACAUCUGCCCUGCAGUGAAGUCGGGAAGAGGAGCAAGGCAAUCACCAAGUAUAACCUGCCCCCUUCAAAUCCCAGUGGGACAAAUGUCAUGUGUGAAUUGGAUCCUUUUGAUUUUGUUGGGACUGUUGUGUUUGUAGGAUAUCCACCAGAUGAUCAACAGCUAGAAUGUGAAACACGCGACUUGCAGAAUAUUCACUGCCACUGGAGCCCUGGUAGACAAACCAUGUUAUUAGGAGGGCGUAGAACGUUCUACACCCUCACAGAAAGGUUUUCUGGAAAAAACACUUCAUGUCCCCGGGCUAAUGAUGUUGAUCCCAAUGGUGAUAAAUACAAGUGCAGCUUUCCUGUGAUCAGUGGCCAGCAAAUGUAUAAAUUUCUGUUGAAGGCUAAAAAUCCUUUGGGAGAAGUCGAGACCAGUUACACGCUGAACCUGUAUACCAGAGUGUAUCCAUAUAGUCCCAGUAAGGUGAUGGUGCGUUGUAUUGGCUCUAGAGAAACUGAGCUUUUCUUGUCCUGGGGAGUGAGUUACAAAAAGUUGACCUCUCUCUGUCAGUUUGAGAUUAUAACUAAUAAUAAGGAGAAAGAACUGAGGAAUUUUACUUUACCUGGCCAAGAAGCAAAUGCACUUUCUAGAGUUGCUGUAGAGCAGUUAUAUCCAGACACAUCCUACAGCUUCCGCACUCGUUGUGCAUCUGCAGAGCAUUUUUGGAAGUGGAGUAGCUGGAGUGAAAGUAAAACAUGUAAAACUGAGGAAGAGGCUCCAACAAAAGCUCUGGAUGUUUGGAGAGAGAUUAAAAGGACUGAGUAUGGUCAAAACGUAUUUGUCAAAUGGAAGCCUCUUCCCCACUCUGAUGCGAAGGGCACCAUUGUGAAAUAUGAAAUAACCUGGAAGGAUAUGAAUGAAGUUGGUGAGCAGUCAGUGUUUGCUCCUGUGUCUACCAACAACACAGAGCUGCACCUAAACUUCAGCGAUUACAUCAUCUCGGUUAGAGCGAUCAAUUCAGCUGGCUCCUCUCCUACUUCUCAGAUCAGGAUCCUAGGACUGCUUGAAGAACAAGCUGCUGAACCAACUAGAAUUUCUGGCACGCCAAGUGGCUUUAACCUGAGCUGGUCUGCUGACACCAAUGAGACCUGCGGGUAUAUUGUGGAAUGGUGUCUUUUUCCAGACACAUCGGAUUGCAGUUUGCAAUGGGAAAGAGUCCCACCCAAAACAACCCACGCAGUGAUAACAUCAGAUGGCUUCAGACCUGGUGUGAGGUAUUCUAUUUCUGUCUAUGGAUGUUCACAGCACAAAGAGUACCUUUUGGAGAAGAUGGUUGGGUACACACAGGAGUUGGCCCCAAGACGGGCUGUGAAGGUAAAAGCAGAAGCAAACUCUUCACAUACUGUCACUCUGCGGUGGGAGGACAUUCCGGUGCGGGAUCGCCAGGGUUUCAUCAGAGGAUAUAGGGUGUACUAUGUCCCGCAGGUCAACUACAGUGCCAGAUCCCAGAAAUCAGUAGGCAUUAAAGAAGUGAUAAACAUCACAGAUCCUGAUGCCAGGAAUGUAACAGUGACAAAUCUCCAGAGCUCUACAUAUGAAUUCACAGUUAGGGCUUAUACAGCUGGUGGAGAGAGCAUUGGAGAACCUAUCAAUGUCAACUUGGUCGACAGCCCUUUGGGGUUAAUUCUUGCGAUUCUCAUCCCACUGGGGACUACCUGCUUCUGCGGGAUUCUUUUAGGGAUCUUCUGUUAUACCAAGAGGAAUUGUGUGAAGGAGACUUUCUAUCCUGAUAUCCCCAAACCAGAGAUACAUGGGGAACAAUGGUCUGUUGGAGAGGGAAGGAGCAGUAACCCAACUUUUGAUGUGAAGCCUUUUAUUCCUGACAAAGUUCGGAUCAUAGAAAGUGUGCCUGGUAAAGAUGUAGAAGACUCCGAUAUAUGCAAAGUGGAAAUUAAUAAUGGUGACAGCGAGCAGAUUGAUGACAACUGCUGUGAUGCAUCCACCAAUCCCAUGCUUCCAUCGUACUAUCCCCAGAUUGUUGACUCUUACAAAGCUUCAUCAGAUAGCUCAAGUGGGUCCAUGGAUUCCUGUGCCACCCAGGUUACCUAUAGUGACAUUCAGCCACCGUCCACUGGAUUAGUAAAUAACCUGGAAGUCAUUUCAGACGCUGGAUACAAGCCACAAAUGAGACCGCAUGUGCCUCUUGUAGAUGUGAGUCACACUCCUAAUCCACAGCAUCUUGAUCUUCCAGAACACAGUGAGGGUUACCAGCCACAGGUAAAAGUAAGCAACUGGAGCUUGGAAUCUCCUGAGGUGGAUGAGGCCAGUGCAUGUAUCGGCAGCCCCACCUCUCUCAACUCCACUCAGUUCCUGCUGCCUGAUCAGGCUUCAGAGGAAGGCCAGUCCUCCCGGUCGAGCAGCUGGAAGUUCUCUAACUUCAUGUCCAAUGCACAGAAACGUUAACCCAUUCUAUGGAAUUGAAACAGCUGAGAGCGCAGCUAAAAGAGUGCCAGUUCCACAGAAUUGGCCACAGAAAGACUUUUCUACCGAGAAUGUGAAAUUCAGAUCUAUGUACCAGUCCACAUACGCCUCAGCUUUCGCAUUUCAAGCUUUGUCCUAACCCGUUCUUUAAUUGUUUUCCCAUAGUUUAAAUAUGUACUAUAUUAGGGCUAUAUAGUCUUAAUACAGUACAAAUAGGGUAUGUGAAUGUGGAUAAAUAACAAAGUGAAACGUUAUAAACCUCAUGGUUUGAGUUGUCAUUAUCCCACUAGUCGAUGCCCUUCAACGCAAAUGGGACUUAGGACCUUGAAUCUCACAGCAAUUCAAUUUAAACAACCAAUCCAAAAUAUAACCUAAAAACACCAUUUAAAAAUGUCUAUAUACUGCACACAAACAUAGGUUUAUGAUAUAAUUAAUGUGGCUUCUGCUUUUGGAUGUCAAUGUUUUAAAUAUGGUUAUAUAUUUGGUUGGGACUGUCCAUAGAAUAGCCAAUAGAUCAGGGAAUGAACAACAUUUUUUUUUUUUAAACCAACUUCAGACUGUACACUGCUGCUAGCUAGCAUGACUGACUGAGGCAGUUAGGAUAAGCUGUAGUAUUCUUAUAAUACCUACUUGCAUGCCGCUCUUUUGUCUGUGCCAUUUCAGAGCAUCUUUAUUUUUUAUUAGAUGCAUGAUAUGCAUGGUUGUUCAAGCUGAAUUAAAAGGGAGAUGUUAGAACAGUAUCACAUAUUUUAGUUAAGAUUCAUUGUUGUGGUCUUCUUUACUGAUCUAAAUUUUGCCGGUCUUUUAACUCGAGGUGAUGUAUUUACUGUUUUAUGUGUUGCAGUGUUUUAAAAAGAAUAGCUUGUUACAUUGAGUGUGAUGGAGAAAUAAAAACAGAACAAGAGCAAAGAUAUAAUUUUUUGUUUUAAAUGUAUACUAUAGUGUUGGUGGCACAUUUGCCGUUAGCAAAGAGGGCUAUCUGUUCCCAAUGCAAUAGCGAGCUUAGCACAAAGCGCAGAAUAUCAAGAUUCAUUCAAAGUUUGUAUAUUGAUAACAGUGUGUUUUGUUUUAAGUUUAAGUACAUCCACAGUAUUUCCACCACUUAAUCCUCUGGUGUCUACAUAAACGUUAAUUAAAAAAGAGAUCUCUGUAAAUAAAUACUGGACAUUUAGAUUUAGAUUAUAGUAAGGAAUUGACUCAACGAAAGAGGGAUGUAUUCAGUAUUGGGGGUAAAGUUAAGAAUUAUAUCAGAUUUGCAUUUUGAUUCCCCAUUAGAGAUGUUCAUUUAGACCAGGGUUUUCCAAUCCAGGGUUUCCCAAUCUCACUGUGUCUGCUGGUUUUCAUUCCAGCUGUUCUCAGUUACUUAAUUAAACCCUUAAUUGAAUUGAUA